CGUCGACGCCAGGGUUCGACGCUCCACUCCCCGCUCCGUACUCAGGUCGGGCCGCAAGGCCACCCCGGUGUGGCCGGACCUGGAUUGCAGGCCUCCCAUCUCCCGGCCUCCCUCCCGCGGCCUCUUGCCGCCCGCUCGCUGUCGCCGUCUUCCUGUUCGCGGCCCUCGCCUGCCGCCGCUUCGGGACUUUGAAUAUGUCGGGGAUCGCCCUCAGCAGACUUGCCCAGGAGAGAAAAGCUUGGAGGAAAGAUCACCCAUUUGGCUUUGUGGCUGUCCCUACCAAGAAUCCCGACGGCACAAUGAACCUGAUGAACUGGGAGUGCGCCAUCCCAGGGAAAAAGGGGACUCCCUGGGAAGGAGGCUUAUUCAAGCUGCGGAUGCUUUUCAAAGAUGAUUAUCCAUCCUCACCACCAAAAUGUAAAUUUGAGCCACCACUCUUCCACCCGAAUGUGUACCCCUCAGGCACAGUGUGCCUGUCCAUCCUGGAGGAGGACAAAGACUGGAGGCCAGCCAUUACGAUCAAACAGAUCUUAUUAGGAAUACAGGAACUUCUAAAUGAACCAAAUAUCCAAGACCCAGCUCAAGCAGAGGCCUACACGAUCUACUGCCAAAACAGAGUGGAAUAUGAGAAAAGGGUUCGAGCACAAGCCAAGAAGUUUGCACCCUCGUAAGCAGCGGCCCUGUGGCUCUGCAGAAAGGAAGGGAUUGGUUUGGCAAGAACUCGUUUACACCUUUUGCAAAUCUAGAGUCGCUCAUACGGUCACUAGUCGCCUGGGAGGGCUGGGCGGGCGCCAUCUCCAUUCCCGCCACUGGCAUACAGUUUUCAUCCGCUGAAUCACCCCGUUUUCAUACAGGGUCUCUUCCUUCAGUCUUUUGUAUUUUUGAUUGUUAUGUAAAACUUGCUUUUAUUUUAAUAUUGAUGUCAGUAUUUCAACUGCUGUAAAAUUAUAAACUUUUAUACUUGGGUAAGUCCCCUAGGAGCUAGUCCUAUGCUCUCGGAGGCAGGCAUGCUUCCCACCGCUCAGAGCUGUCUGUAGCCUCUAGCUGGCUGUACGAGAAGAAAAUCACUUGCCCCUCCUGCCCCUCAUACAGUCUCCUCAAAACCUGGGCUGUGUUGCUUAUGAGCCUCAGAUCCAAAGUCAGCUAGUGUCUCAAUUCUGCAUCACUUCCUUUGUGUUUAUAUGGCGUUUUGUCUGUGUUGCUGUUUAGAGUAAAUAAACUGUUUAUAUAAA